AUGCAGAAAGGGAUCAGAUUGAAUGAUGGCCACAUCACCUAUCUGGCUGUUUUGGCAAAGAAGGAUGGCACGAGGCGAGGGUGCUUGAGUAAGAAGAGCUCAGACAACACAAAAUGGCAUUCAAAGUGGUUCGCUUUGCUGCAGAAUAUGUUGUUUUAUUUCGAAAACGACUCCAGCUCACGCCCCUCCGGACUGUACCUGUUGGAGGGAUGUGUUUGCGACAGGGCACCGUCCCCCAAACCGUCUCAGUCCGCGAAGGAAGGUUUAGAGAAGCAGGUAAGCUGAAGGAAGCUCUUGUUGGUCUGACUUUGACUGUUCAGGUAAUCUGUCUCUCUCAACCAUCACACCACUGAGCUGUUGCUGCUUAUGAUCAUUAUUGUACUUUCAUCUUUUUUUUUUAAGUUUACGAGAGGGGAGAACUCGGCGAACUCGCUCAAGAACACCACGGUUGCUGUUUUUAUCCCAUCAUCUAUUUAUCACGCAAACAAUGUCCCAGAGAUGUUCACUUGACGUUCAGUGUUACGUAAUGGCGUCAUUCUAACUGAUUGAUUGUCUCGAUUCAGCACUAAAAUAGCCUCGGAGGUUGUCUCAAAAGCGACUCAUACACCAACUUCCAAAAUAUGUCUCGUGUUUUUUUUUUUUUUUAGUGCACUCUGUAUAAUUCCUCGGUGCGAACUUUGCGUACACAGGUGGGAAAUAACUGGUUCGCCCUUUUCCUGCUCUUUCACAGUUGGUGCUACAAUAUUUAUCGCAGCACGUGUAUUUUUUAUAUAAGAGCGUUUAUUUUUAGACAUUACAGGGACUGCAGCUCAUAUGCAGCGUAAACUUAACAGCAUCCAAACUUUGCAGGUUGCCAUCUUGCGGAGGAGAGCUGCCCCCUUCCCUGUCGUUUUGACGUAUUGAUUUAAUUCCUUGUCUUGAUAUUAAUAGCAUCCUACCUUGGCAACUGCGUCUCCCCGGUUCAUAGCGGCUGCUUCAUUUGAUAGCUCUCUCAUUAUCACGGGGUUGUUAACGACAGCCUUGAAUGAGAACCAAACGAUGCCCCAGGCUUGCUUUUGUUUCCUACAACAUCCCCUCAUUCGUUUUAAUACCUCUGGCAUACAGUGGCACGGAUUAACGCGUGUGAUGGCGAAAUAUUUCCACUGUUUCCGUGCCAGUGUGACACAGUCAGGAAUAAUCUCAGCGAAAGCAUGGUUGUCUCCAGAGAAACACUUGAGAGGCGCUGGGAAGGCGGAUGCUGCAUGGGAGAAAUAAGCCUUGUAGCAUUGAAGCAUCUGAAAGGUAGAGUGUUGGUCAAGCUGCUUUUAGAUGUGACUGCACCCACCUUCUGACAGAUACUGCCAGCUGCAGCAUUUUUGAGGUGGCCCUGAAGCAGAGCUGCUGGAAAGUCAAAGUAAUGAGGGAUUUUAUCUGCUAAAUCACCAAGUUACAUUUUGGGCAACAAGUGGCCAGUUUUCAACUAAUGCCAUUAACUUAAGUUUAGAAAUACCUCAUUGAAAGACUGCUUUUUGAAAAAAAUCUCCUAAACUUUUGAGUCAUCUAGGUGUCUCUUUGUUUUAACCCCAGAACACUAUCGCUAAAAUUAGUAACACAUCAAAAUAUAUCAAAGUAGGACAAUAUAAGACAAAUUCAAGUAGUUUUCUUUUAUUUUAAGCUGUGCAAUGUCCAAAGGGAGGGGAAAAGGUGCCAUGAGGGGACCAUAUAAAAAUGCAACAAAAUAACUGAAAUUAGGCAUUCAUGAACAAAAAGUACCAGAAAAAAUAUAUAUCUAGAAACUGUAAACGUGGUUUCUUUUCCAGCCAUUCCUGGGGCAUGUGAGUCUUCUCUGGUGAAGACUCAGGGUUCUUGACACAAUAACAGCUGCAGUAGAAAGAACCAAAAUAUGGUGUAUGACCAGCUGACUAAAAUAUUUCCAUCGCCGUAUGAAUUCCCCUCAGAAUCACUACUUUGUGAUAGAUAUUCAUAACCACUGCCCCAAAGAUAGCAUGCAAAUUCCAGGACCACUCUUACUGACCUUAUUUGCCUACAUGCAGCUAUCAAAUCCACCCAAGCUAUUAAUAAUGAUGAUACAUUUUAUUUGUGGGCGCCUUUCAGGGCACUCAAGGACCCCUUACAGGGCAAUUAAAAGACACAUCAGUAGAAUAGUAAAAUCAAUAAAAAACACAUCAACUCAACAAAGUAUAAAAUAAAAUAAAAAGUCAUAAGUUGUAAGUCCGGACUCUGCAGCAGAACAUCAAAUGUUAGUCCGAGUAGGCCUGUCUGAAAUAAUGGGAUUUGAAGAUGGAGACCUACUUACUCUCUAUCACUAUUACGGGGUGAAAUCACCCGAACACGUGCCUGUAGGAAAAAUCAGGUUUUGGAUCAGGGCAACAAAUAUGCCUUCAAAGAUGUCAAAGGCAAUGCUGAAGCUACUCAGGGACCCAUGAUACUCAGACAAACGCAACACAAUGAAAAUCACCUAAACAUGUUUGGUUGGGUGAAAAUCACCUGGCGAUAGUGUUAAUGCAUCCUUCAAGAGUCCCAUCAGAUUAGAAAUGACGAAAGGUUUUCAGGACGGGGUAAAAUAUCUCAAACAAUAACUCCAUGACUUGGUGGAAUAACAUCAACUUAAGGGAAAUCACAUCUCUAAUAUAGAAUAAAAUCUCCAGACCAGUCAGAAAUCACUACCCUCUACCUGCUAUACCAAACACUUCAUUCAUGUUACAGCUAUCCUGAUUUAUCAUUCACAAUGGUCUUGCAGAACUUAUUCAACUUAAAAAACACAUAAACAAGCUGAAAACAUCCUCAGGAAAAAAAAAAAAAAAGAUCUGGUAAGCUAAUCAAAGUUCUCGUUUUACUAAUUCCCUGAUGACCAACAUUUAACUGUAGACUUUCUGAGUUUACGUGCUUUAGUCAUAACAAUCCUGGGUCAUUAUAUUGAGAUAUAGUACAGCAACAGCAGUCUACUCACAGAUCAAGCACAGACACUGCGUGGAUUUAACCUGAGUGUGCAGAAGCCCCUGCAGUGACUGUAUGUAGCUGAUCCAGUUGUCGCUGUCUGUGGUGCUGAACUCUACCAUCACGCUCUUGACCUCCACAAGCAGAGAGUUAAGACAAUUCAGCACGAGUAAAUGUGAGUUUACUCUCCCCACAAAAAAAAGUGUGUCACUGAUAAAAACAGAGCAUGAGACAGACCUCAUACUGGCUGUGACACACAACCUUCUCCAUCCUUUACUAUCAGACUUUACUCUCUGUCACGUCUGAUUCUGUAAGAACAAUGACAAAAGAUGUUUUCUGUUCUGGAGAUGAAAUGCUAACUGAGUGACAUCUCUGCUGACAGCUGUUCAUGCAGGCUGCGUCGGUUAAUUUAUUUCAGCAGCGAAUAAAAUGAAUUCGAAAGCCUUUAAUUAACAUAGCACUGUCUUCUGUUCGACAUGUAUUUCCUACAUCGUAUGUAUCAGAAACAAGUCUUCUAGUUUUGGAGGGUUCCUAAGGAAGGGUGUAAAUUUUAGUGAUUUUUCUUCAUGGACAAUCUGUCUUUUGAUAAACCUUGACAGGAAUGAAUGCAUCUAUUGAGAUCCUUGUGCAUAUUUUAAGUCUGUAUCUGCUUCACUGCGUCUACCUGCAUAAGGCAAUGUCAAUCUAUAGAAGGUGAAAUAAGGACAGAAAGUGUAAUUAAUGCCCAAGGUGUCUGGAGGCAUACAGAUUUCCUUUUCACUUUCCUCUCUCUGGAGGAAAAAAAAAACAAAGAGUGACACUCCAGUCGAUGAGCUGCCCACAGAGGUCAUCUGAGGCAACGCUACUGUAGAUUUCUGACAUGAAACCUGUUACAUAUGCACACAUUACAACAGAUUCCAGAUUUCUGUUGAGCCUGUUAGUACGUACAUUAUUGGUCUGUGAGUGUGUGUGAGUGUAUGUGUGUCAGAGCUGCAGGAGGAACCGCCGGGCGACUGCUGGAUCUUAUCUGUGUGUGACAGGGAGAGGGACAAUGCGGCGAAUAGAUGCCAAGCCAACUGCCACCUUGCAGGCUUUUUAUAGCCCUCACUCUUCAAAAAGGCAAAAGAUCUUUCCCUCUUCCUGCCUUGCUCUCCGUCUGUCUCGCUCUGUUCUCAUUGUAUUCUUUGGAGUGUUCUACUUUUUAAAUGUUCUUAGUCCCCAUUUAGAAGGCGAGCUACGUUUAAGCCCACAGUUACUAUGGCAACCCCUAUUUGCAUCUGAAAAAGUGCAUUUGAAGGGGCCAAUAAAAUGUGCAACAACAUGCCUGGGGAUUGAGCUUCACUUUGCAAGUACAGCAAAUACAGGCUUAUGAGAAACAUGAAAUGAGUAAUGAUAUGAGACGAGCUUGUCCAGGGUAAUGUGUAAAUGCCUUAAUGUUUGGUUAUCUAAUUGUGUUAUUUAAUUAAAAACAUUUUCAACAAAUUAAAGACAGACGUAUCAGGAUGCUUUAAGCUCAAUCCGUCUGCUGUCAUUUGACUGAAGAAUUUUGACAGAACUAUGAACAUUUUCAUCUUUCUGAAUCUGGCUGUGUUAUGACUGAGGCCAGUCUGAAGCAUUGGUCAUUAAUAAUACUCUAAUAGUGUCUGUCAAAAAGAGAUGCUGCAACGAUACGCUACCUAAACACCAGAACAAACUGGUCAUUGAUUUAAAAUGUUUGUCUCUGUUUCCAUGCUUCAUUAACAGCUUUUAAUGAAGCACCACCUGAUCAUUUUAAAAUUUAGCCCCAUUUUUUAAACGUUUCGGAUUAGAGAUAAGGAAUCCAGAACUGUCUCGGGAUGAAAAUGGUUUCAAACUACUUGAAGCCAUUGAAAUAAUUUUCCUACAUGCUUAACGCUUCCCUUGUGCCUUGUAAACGAAGUAUGUAAAAAAAGGAAACAAGUCAAUGUGAAAGGCGGUUGAUGCGAUUGACAAGAAGAUGUAAUCGUGGCAGAUAAAAGACCAGGGCAGUCUAAACUGCUGUUGUUCACAGCAUAAUACUGUUAGCUUCACAAUAUCUGCUCUAAAAGUAGGACAGCAUGAUGUACUGACUUACAGUAAAACCCACUCGAUUCGUGAGACCGGAUGGUUUCCGACUGAUAACCUCCAUGUAUUUCUGACAUCCAGGGACUUUCCUAUUUAACAGACAUCAGUCUUUGAUUAUGUCCAUUUCCUUUAAAAAAUGGUGUCAUCUCUGCUGUUAGUUGACUGUGCUAGAAGGAGGCUGACAUCUGUGUCAUGGUCUGUCGACCAAUCAGAGGUUGUAUCUGUGAUCAGCUGACAUGUAAAGGUUUGUUCAGAAGCCAGAGUUUGUGGUCUCAGUAAAGUAAAAUGAAAACUUGUAAAAUGAAAUUGGAUAAUUGACACAGAUAGUCAAACUGAUCAUAUUAACAUGACGUGACUAAAGUAAAAUGUAACAUUACUUCAUUAGACCCACAAGACGCUGUAGCAGAAUCGAUAAGCCUAGUGUUGCGUGUGUAGUCAAAAGUUUUAUUCACCUGUAGUUUUGUCUGUAUGCUUUUACUCCUCUUUCACUUUUACUCCUAUUUUCCAUUUUAAUGUCAUGUGAAGCAAUUUGUUACUUGUACUAAAAAGUGAUAUACAAAUGAAAGUAAUAUUGUCAAAUGCUAAUAAUCAUUAGACCUGUUUUUACUGGAACCAGGUCUUGGACCCUUUGCCCACUACUGGUACUGCAAAUACUCAGUGCAGAUGAUACAUUUGACUGUUGGAUGAGGAUUUUUGAGGUAGCACAGGGAGCAUCAAAAUCAAUACUGAUAGAAAUCUCCGCGCAGAAGCUUUAAAUAAUCACUGACCCAGAGAGAAAUGAUCAGGAAAGUUCAAUUUUCCAAGAUGCUGCUGCUCCCUUUUUUUGCCAAUUAGCCCCACACCACAGAAAAAUAAGCUACUAUGUUUAGGCAACACAGAUUCAAUAAGAAAAUAUUGUUAAAUAGGUCUGUGAAGCCUUGAAGACAGCUAAGACUGACUGUGGCCACAAAUAGAUAUAUGAGUACUGGGUUACACUGCUAAAUACACUAUAAGCCUUUAUAAAGAUGAAAACACUUUUGCAAUGAUUAGCUGUUCAAUCUUUACUUCGAAAUGAUUUUCCGACUCAAUAAAAAAGGUACAAAUAGAAAAAACUGCUCUGAAUUUGGAUAUUGAAAAGCUUGCUUUGAUAUUAUUACAUAAUUAAAUGUGUUAAAUCCCGUCUCUUUUCUCUAUUCUAGGGAGAAUUAAAUAGUUAACGCUCAUAGGUUUUAAAUAAGGAUUUACUACGGGCUACGUUGUCUCACUUCCCGAGAGAUAAUGUCUCCGUGGCAAAAAUGUGGUGAUGUGGAGCUAAAUAUAGCUGCCUAAAAGGCUUUACACACCAGCUCACAGGAAGCGGGAGAUGGGAAGCACAUUAUUGACAAAGGGUCUUUCUGCUGCUCAUCAGGAAAUAUGGAACAUUACUCCCCUUCACAAAUGAUUUGCUCUUGGCAUUUGGGAGGGAUAAAAAAUCCAAUAUAUUGGAUUUGUGGGGCUCUAUUUACAAUGCAUCAGUGUUAUAUAAUUUGAUGCGUUUAAACCACAAAUAGGCUGUCUGCACCUUUAUGGCAGUGACCACUCAACUGCUCUGUUGAUUUGAGGAUUUGAUCUGAUAGGCCUCAGCUUGUCAUGCGUUUGCCGUUAUUGCCAUAACUAAUGAAACCCUCAAAGUUGUCAGGUCACCAGAGAUAUUAGAUAAGAGAAGGGAAAGUCAAGUUGUGGAGUUUUUGUUGCAGCCAAAUCAGCAGCAUAAAGCUAAAACAAAACAUGGCGUCAGUUGAGAGGCUUCCAUCAAUUCAGAGGUGAGUUGCCAGGUUACAGCCAGAAUGUACAGAGGCUUUCUAAUGAUUCUCGCAAGACUUCUCUACCUCCAACUUCUUCACACGCUUUGGUAUGCAUGUAUGUGCACAAGUUUAAUCAGAACUUUUCUGGUCAGUAAUGACAAGGUUACCUCUUGCAGAGAUUUUCUUUAACUCAUCUUAAAAACACUUACUGUUUUGGUUAUAUUUUGGGAUUCCAUGCUUUUAUUCAGACUGGAUGGGACAGUUAAACCUGGGCCACCCACUUGAGUGCUAUAGCAUCUGUACAUGGGGUAUUCUUCCUGCAUGCAUAAAAAGUAUAUGACCCUUUACCUGAUGCUGUUUUUCAGUAUUACUUCACCGUCACGUUCAAUCAUGACAACCAGAAGGCUUUGGAGCUGCGCACAGAGGACGUCAAGGACUGUGAUGAGUGGGUGGCUGCUAUCACACAGGCCAGGUACCUCUCACACAAGACCCGCAUCUAUAUACGAACACCCUGCUGAGAAUGCCCUCAAAGGGAGGUUUCUGUGUGUGCGUGUGUGCAUGCGUGUGUGUGUGUUUGUAAUCUGGCAUAACUUGUAAACAAUCAGAUCUACCUUGUUGCAAAUAUCCAUUUACAGUCCAGAAAGGUUCCGUAUCUAUAUCCCUCAUAAGGAGUUUUAAAGUGGCUAUGAAUCAGUCAGACACUGACCAUAUGACCUAUUGUGACCUAUAAGCAAAAGAAAUGCCAUCAGAAACAGGGUUGAGGGCCAUUAAUUUUAAUGCCUGUGUGAUAGGUGUCAGACAAUGCAUAAUUUAACACUAGUCCAAUGCAGUAUUUUGAGCUUGCAUUAUAGCCAUAAAAAAAAGAAAAACAUGAGUAAUACACAUGGCAGCCAAAAGAAAGCAGGGUGACUUCUUCUGUUUUUGUAAGAAAACACUACCCACACACGUGUUCAGAAUAUGAUUAGCAAAGAGACGAAACAUCACUUUUUUAUUUUCCAGGGGAUGCCAACUUUGACACAAACCAGAACUCAUUAACAGGAGCUUUAACUACAAUAGCUACAUUUUGUGUCUUUGAAAUUAUACUUUACUGAUAAGUUCAUUAAUUUCCUAAUGUGGUGAGAGAAAGCAUAUCUGUUAAGAUUUUUUUCAAAGGUUUUCCUAGCCAAGAGAGGUGUGGUCCAGAGGUGUGAAAAGUAGGCUAGAGCAAUUGCCAUUUCUUAAAACGGAAUAAAGAUUUUAGAAAUUGGAGAGUGUGUUUUUAAAAGGAGGUAGUGUGUCUCACAAACUCUGGUCCAGACCUGUAAAGUGUAAGUAAAAUGGUUUUACAUCCGGACCCUGUCUUCACAGAAAGCUGUGAAUAAGAUACUAACGUCAGUGCCCUGGUAAAGCAGUGGUUUUUGGUCAUUUAUCCAUUUUUGGUUAUUUAUUUAUAUAAGUAUUUUAGUUUGGUGAUUGAUAUGAUAUUGUGAAGAGAUAGAGGGUGGCCUUGGUCAGAAGAGGUAAUCUUGGAAUCACUGAAUAUUUUACAAAUUUUAAUUACUAUUUAUAUGAUAAUAAUCAACCUACUUAAGUUUAUGCUAUUGGUUUAUUGUGCAAAGGCUUUUUUAAAAAUUGUCAGGAACUAUUCUAUACACAAAAAGGUGUCUAAAAUUGGUGUUUUGAAAUUGUUUUUUUGUCAAGAAAUACAAAGCCUAAUGAGCAAAAUGCCCCUUUAACAUUCUGUGACAAAAGAGGGUCACAAAAGCCCAAGCACAACAAUCACUCCAAAUGUCAGCAGUGAGCAUUUGUAUGGCAAAAGGUCAAUUGAUUGGACUCAUUGGAGAUUGCAUUGAUUUGUGCCCAGUCAAAGCAGUACAGUACAGCAGCAAGUUGGUCUGUAAUGCAUGCUAAUACAGCAGAGCAAUGAAGAAACAUACUUUACCAUCAUGCUGCCUUUUCAAGAAAUUUUCAAAUGAUCUCAUCCAGUGCUGUACAAUUUUGUGACUUAAUAUAUUCAGGUCAACAUGCUGUUUGUUUGUUUGUUUUAUUGAUUCAAAUUCAAGUAAAACUAUUUGUUGAACUAUGGAAUAUGCACAGCUGUUGCUAAUGCACAGGCAGCCUCCACACAUGGUUUGCUAAGCCUUUAAGUAUCUGAAGAAUUGGUUGCAUAAGUGCCUACAUUCAGUCUCAUACUUGAGCUUUGCGGUUCAAACACAAGGUAACACAAGGUCUGCUUAAGUUUUGAUAGACUGUAGGGAGCUCACGAAACACUAAUGAGGCCUUUACAAUGUCUGUGUCUGCAUGCCUGUAUAGUUACAGAAACCUGGCUACAGAGCAUGAGACCCUCAUGCAGAAGUAUCUCCAUCUACUCCAAAUAGUGGAGACAGAGAAAACGGUUGCCAAGCAACUUCGACAACAGAUAGAGGACGGGGAAAUCGAGAUAGAGCGGCUGAAAUCAGAGGUAACUUGCCUUGUUAUUUUAUGCUAGUAGUAUCUGUGUAUGUGUGAGUGUUUGUGUAUUUUUUGUACAGCACACAGUGGAGGCAGAGGGAGAAUAGAUGGAGGGAAAAGUGGUCAGACCCCAAGUUUAAAUCAAUGAUGAGGACAGAAAGGGAGGGCACGCAAAAAUCACAUCCCAGAUUUAAAAACAUAAUAUCUGGCAAUCCAUGGAUGGUCUUGCAGCUUGAAGCAUCUUGGGAUGUCUUUAAUAAAGACUGGGCAAUACUGUUGAGUGUUUUGUGUCCUCAUUAUUCAGUCUAAACCAGAUCAAAUGCACCUUCUUUUAAUGUGCUAAUGGAUAGCCCCAGUUGAAUUGAACAUUUUCAAUAUGAAUGAGUCAGCUUCUGUUGUACCUAGUACAGCAAUCUGCAUCAGAAAAGGGUAAUAAACACUCAAUUUUCAUGGCCAAAAUGUGUAAUAGUGAUGGGUUAUGAUGUGCUUUGUUUAAUCUGAGUCUUUUAUUAAGAGCAGUUUGUCUUUAGUCUGUUCUUGUUUAUACUCUGUGUUAUUCUAAUAGGAGCAAAUUAACAAACACUGGACAAAGUAACAUGGGAGACAUUUUGGUGCUGUUGGUAUAAUGUGUUUUGUACAUUCUUUAAAACUGGGGUAUGUAUGAUAAUUAAGUUUGACAAUCCCAACAUUAAAAUGAUUGAAUAUAAGAUUCAUAAACAUGAUAAAUACUCAGAGAGGAGUAAAGGAUAUCUGACAAAGAAUAUGCUGUAUGUGGGGUUUCAACAUUAUAUACAUUGAUACAAGGAACUCAAAUGUUUGCUCACUGAUGUAACCCAGAGUUUCACUUGUUUCCAAUUAGAUCACUGCACUGCUAAAGGACAAUGAGAAGAUCCAGUCAAAUCCAGAGGUUCCUCCUAGUGAAGAUGACACUGAGAUCAAGAAGAUCAAAAAGGUGAGGAGCAUGAAAUGACAGAUUUAAACACAAUCUUUUUUUAUUCUUGAUCCGAUUAAAAAAUUGAGGGAUUGGAUAAUCUAAAUCCACUGUUUAUAUGGGUGCAAAAUCAAUUUAUCCGAACAUGACGUCACGUGUGUAUACAUGCACCAAGCUUUAUUCAGAUUAGAAGCAUUAGGACAUGCGCGGAGUCGUCUGAGUUCCCUAAAACAACCGCAGGGUAAGAGUUGUAUUAACGCCUGUGCUGUCAACAAACCAACAUAAGCCGUAGUGGCUCACUCCAUCCAAUACAUGAGUUUACCCCCCUGUUAAACGUUGUCACUAGAUGGCGCCACUGCGUACUAGUGUUCUGUCAAAGGUUGCACUGUGCGUGUGUGACAUCAUUACGCUGUAUGCCUUACGUUACCGGAGGAGCAGACAUGGCACCUGCGGUUGUGUUUUAUGCCGGAGUUCUAAUAAUGAAGCCUCCUGUACCUCAACAAGUACGAAAAAGGCUAAAGAGCUUGACGAUCGAGUCAGGUAAGAGAGUCACGACCGGAAUAACUGUUUACAUGGACGCGUUUUGGAAUAACGAUCGGCAUAAACCACCCCUCUUGAUCGGAAUACAAUUUCUUUCCGAUUGAGCCGAAUUGGAUCAGAAUCUUCUGAUCGACAUGUUUACACGACGCAUUUUUUUCCGAUCUGGCAUUUAUUCAGAUUAUUUGUGCCCAUGUAAACGCAGCUACUGACUAGUCUGGUAGCAACUCACACAAGCCUGGUUAGCCUUACUUUUGUUUGCUUAUGUUGUCUUGCUCAGGUCCAGAGUUUCCUGCGAGGUUGGAUUUGCCGCAGGAAGUGGAAAACCAUAAUCCAGGACUACAUUCGUUCACCCCACGCUGAGAGCAUGAGGAAGAGGAACCAGGUCGUGUUCAGUAUGCUAGAAGCUGAGGCAGAAUACGUCCAGCAACUCCACAUCUUGGUCAACAACUUCCUGAGGCCCCUACGCAUGGCUGCCAGCUCUAAAAAGCCGCCUAUCACACAUGAUGAUGUCAGCAGCAUCUUCCUAAACAGGUGUCUGGUGGUGAGACUGGGUGUGAUGGUUGAGUGACUGUGAAAAGUGAAAGCCGAGAAGAGAAGGAGAAAGAAAAGCUCAUGGGCACCACUUUCCUCUUUAUCUUAUCAGUGAGACCAUCAUGUUCCUCCAUCAGAUCUUCUACCAGGGCCUGAAGGCAAGGAUAGCCAGCUGGCCAACACUUGUUCUGGGUAAGGGAGAUGAUUUUGUUAGGAUUUGUUAAAGGUUCAGUCUGUCACAUACAAAACAAAUAUGUUGAAUGUAUUCACUAGAUUUCUGCUUUGCUCUCCAGCCGAUCUGUUUGACAUCCUGCUGCCGAUGCUGAACAUUUACCAGGAGUUUGUGAGGAACCACCAGUACAGCCUGCAGAUCCUGGCCCACUGCAAACAGAACCGAGACUUUGACAAGCUGCUCAAACAGUACGAGUCCAAGCCCGACUGUGAGGAGAGAACGCUGGAGACCUUCCUCACCUACCCCAUGUUUCAGGUGUGAUUGAAGUCUGUAUUAUGGAUGUCCGUGAUCAUUUAAGACAAUCAAAUGUCACAGUGUCACAGUGUAUUCUGUGGGAAUGUUGCUUCUCAGAUCCCUCGUUACAUUCUGACAUUGCACGAGCUGCUGGCUCACACCCCCCAUGAGCAUGUGGAGAGAAACAGUUUGGACUACGCCAAGUCAAAGCUGGAGGAACUUUCCAGGUAGAUGUACAGUCAGGCUGUUCAGCAAUUUCAGAUCUGUUGGUUUUUGUGAAAAUUUUUCGUCAAAUACAAUUCAAAAUGGUACAUGUUAUAACAAAUAUAAAGCAGUGUGUCUGACUUUUUGAAGCUUUCUAAAAUAUAAUAAUCUUUGUUUUUGUUUAUGUGGUGAUGAGAGCUGACAAUAACACUAAAAUGCAUUUAAUAUCCUUAUGAUGAUUCUUAAAGUGCUAAUACCUUAGAUCAGUAACUGCAUGUUUCUGUUGUGCAACUUUACAAGAAUAUUAAUAUUUAUUUUGUGAAGUUGUUUCUUACUGUGCAGUACUCAUGAGAUUCAGUUGCAUGUAUGAAUCAGAUAGUUAAGGGAACAAAAUCUGGAUCAUAAAAAUGGUGUAAAAUUGAAAAUAUCGAUGAAUUAAGAUUGUGUUUGAAGUGUCUGAAUUAAUAGGUAUAUUUUUUUCUACCCAUACAGAAUCAUGCAUGACGAGGUGAGCGAGACAGAAAACAUCAGGAAGAACCUCGCCAUUGAGCGGAUGAUAGUUGAGGGUUGUGAAGUGCUGCUGGACACCAGUCAGACAUUUGUGAGACAAGGUAGGUUGGUUUCCAGGUCAGAGAAAGAGGUGAAAACUAAUGUUUUCCUUCUGUCUUUAGACUUAAAAACCUUUCUAAAAUCUCUACAUUCUGCAUCUUUGUGUCAGACACCAGUAUAAUUAAAAAUCAAGAUGUGUAUAGUACCAAGCCCCACUGUGUGAUGGGAUUUACUCACUGUCACAGUUUAGCCUUAGUAACUUCACCCAGCUCUCUAGAAAGAGUUACACUCUUAAUCUGUAAUAGUGAAGACAACAUACAUUGAACACCAUACUUACGUCUCUAUUGCAGCAUUUUUCAGGUGCAUCAAGGUAUUUUAUCCCUGCUGAGAGUUACUGACGCACAAACACAUGCCUGUGAAGUAUUUUAAUCUGACGUAAAACAAAGUUCUAAUUUCCGACUUUAUACUUGAAGUAUUCAUAUAAAAAACAGCUUUUAUACUUGAAGUUUACAAAUAAGAGGACUGUUUUUUUGCAUCAGCCCUUUAACCUGGUAAUUCAAAGACCUGGACCUAAUAGUUGAGUAAGUUGGCUAAAGUGAACCCCUCACGUUUCUCAUGUGUUGUCUUUCGUUCACAGGCUCUCUGAUCCAGGUGCCCAUGAGUGAGAAGGGAAAGAUCACAAGAGGUCGACUGGGCUCUCUAUCUUUGAAGAAAGAAGGCGAGAGACAGUGCUUCCUUUUCUCCAAGCAUCUCAUCAUCUGCACACGUGGCUCUGGGGGAAAACUGCACAUCACUAAGGUACAGCAGACUGUUAUUUGAGAGGACAGGCUACUGAAAGUUUUCACCUAGUAUGUUAAAUCCAAUUUGCAGGUGACAGAGGCAGUAGUGGUGGCAGCAGCUGCAGCCGGGCUAGCGGCUCACAUACGUAUAUUGAACCAUAUGGGUUGUCUUAUUUGUCCUUAGUGGAGACCUUUACAAACUCUGUGCUGCUUAAAGUGCGCAGCCUUCACUGCAUAUCAGAAGUAACAAACUGUGUGUGACCUCAUGACCUUUCCCCUCUUUCACAGAAUGGAGUGGUGUCUCUCAUAGACUGCACACUGAUGGAGGAGACAGAGGGGACUGAUGAUGAGUGUGAGUUACGAACAUUGUUAGAAGUUUUCUCAAACUUAACUUGCAGGAGUUCAAUUAUGCUGUAAAGCAGUGGUUCUCAAGUCCGGCUCUCUAGGCCCACUGUCCUGUAUGUUUUGGAUGUUUCCCUGCUCGAACACACCUGAUUCAAAUGAUCAGCUCGUUAUCAAGCUCUGUAAUGGCUUAAUAACGAGCUGAUCAUUUGAAUCAGGUGUGUUGGAGCAGGGAAACAUCCAAAACAUACAGGACAGUGGGCCUCUAUUUUUUUAUCUUUAAAAUCAAACUUUAAAGAACCUUACUUAGUGAAAGAAUAUAUUUCUUUUUAUUACUGGUAUUAUAUCGAACAUAACCUUCAUCCACAUAGUAUCCUUUUCUCUGGGUUGUUAACUGGACAGUUACGAAAAAUCACAGGAACAAGCUACAAAUAAAAAUACAUCUAUUUUUCCCCAAACUGUGAUUUUAUGCUUCAUGGAUGUAAAAACAAGCAGUUUUAUUUUAAGCACGUUUCUAAUUGCAAAGAAACACAUUAUUAAAUAAACAAAUCUUAUCAAAUACUUUUUCCCAUUUUUUCCCAAAUUGUUUAAUCUCAGUUUAAUCUGUUUUCCCCGUCACAGUAAAAUGACUGUUGUUGAAAUUGUGUCUUGUAGCCAAAGGGGAGCGAAGCGGCCAGGAUACUGAGCAUCUGGACUUCAAAGUGAUGGUGGAGCCCAAAGACGUCCAGCCCUACACCGUCAUCUUAGUGGCUUCAUCCAGACAGGAGAAGUCAGCAUGGACCAGCGACAUCAGUCAGGUACAUGUCCUAACCUGUGUGAUCACAUGCUGUUCCAAACAGCAGGACUGCGCAGUGCUGCUGUGGAGCAAGUCAUUUUAGAAGAUUAGGAGCUUAAGUGUAAAGAUUAAGGUAAAGUGUUUGGACAGCCAUUGUCUGAACAGAUUUGUAUUCCUUAUAUGAAAAAAUGGCUGUUGUUGGUUUAGGAGUGGAGGUUCAGGGCUUAUAACCCGUGAAAAAAUAACAUUCCUGAAUUUGCUGAAUUGACACUGGAGCCAUCUACCAUACUUCCACUUGUGAUGAGAUCAUUUCUGGUGUAGAAAAGCAACAAUAAAAACAAAUGGAACAAUAAAACAGCGUGCUUUAUGGCUAUUAAGGGCAGAAACUUGUAUCAUCAGUUUGUGAACUCACUCACCCUCUGGUCUUGCACCUUUUUCUGCCUGUCUUUUCCUCGCAGUGCAUUGACAACAUCCGCUGCAACGGACUGAUGAUGAAUGCCUUUGAGGAAAACAGCAAAGUCACAGUGCCACAGAUGAUUAAGUAAGAGAGCAAAUGCACAUACAUUAUACAUGCACAAACAGAGACUGACAUUUGAAUAACAUGACUACAUGACUAAUGCAUGAAAAAUGCAUGAACUAACUGUCCAAACCAGCACAAGGUUGGAUUUAUAUACUAGUAAGGACCUACAGAGAAAUCACAUACUACACUCAAAUCUUAACAGUCAGAACUACAGUCCUUACCACAAGGUAAACCUGGUUUAGCUCUAAAGGUAAGAGGAGUCUCAGGAUUGAAACAGGGAUUAAACACAGUGAUAAAGACCUGCAUCUCAGAAAAAAGGGGAAAGUAGUCUUAGCAAGUUUAAUACACUAUUUACUGACACAUACAUGACCAUAAAAGUGUUUUAUUCAGCUUAGCUUGUGUCAGUAACACUGCUAAUAUCUCUAACUUCAUCGCAGGUCAGACACCAGCUUGUACUGUGAUGAUGUUGACAUCCGCUUCAGCAAGAUGAUGAACUCCUGCAAAGUGCUGCAGAUCCGCUAUGCCAGCGUGGAGCGUCUUCUGGAGAGGCUGACCGACUUGCGCUUCCUCUCAAUCGACUUCCUGAACACCUUCCUCCAUUCUUAUCGAGUCUUCACCAGUGCUGCCGUUGUACUAGACAAGCUCAUCACCAUCUACAAGAAACCUAUCAGUGCCAUCCCUGCACGGUGAGUGAGUUAAAGGGGUGAGGUGUUUCUGAGAGGUCUUUACAGAAGUUUUAUUUACUUGUACAAUCAAUGUCAAAACUGUAAAGCCUGGAAAAACUAUAAAAAGCUUAAAAUUUUACGUCACCCAGAUGUUCCCCUGCCAGCCCCGUGGUUAAAUUUCUGUGUGAAGUCAGGGUGAGAACACAGCACAGUGAGCAAGCAGACAGUGGUGAUGACAUUUAUAUCAUGUGACUUGUGCACACUGGGAAGAGUGACACGUAACAGGAUGAAAAAAACAUUUGAAGUUACAAUGAGGGGAAUAAUUUUCAAGAGGACUGCAAAGACAUCUGCACACCCAUCAGUUUGCAUGUAGCAUUGAUACAAAUCAUAAAAAUAUCACCAAAACAAAGUUACUUGCAUUGAAAUGUCGUUGGGGGCAGAUAUAAACAUUUCAGUAUCACUUUACUUGACGCCUGUCUCUAUAACGCAUUACAAAUAUAUGUAUAAUGCAUUAUAAUCACGUUAUAGCACUGUAUAGCUAUAGUUAUAAACACUCAUAAAUGAUCAUAAUGCUUUAUAGCAAUAAUCAUAACACAUUAUAAAGCAUUUUGUCAUGACUUACAAGGUCAGGUAUUAUAAUGUGUUAUGAUUAUUAUUAUGUAUAACACAUUAUCUAUAUCACAUUAUGCUCUAAUGUGAUAUAAUGCAUUAUACAUAUAUUUAUAAUGCGUUAUGGAGAUAGGUGUCAAGUAAAGUGUUAUCAGAAUGUCCCAAAAAUUUUAUUAGUGCAUGUGUGAAAGAGACUUUUGACUUCCAUUUGCAAAUGCUUGCCACAGACGUGUAUUGGAUUAAAUAAACAUAAGCAUGCUAUAGUUGUCUGUGUAACUAUUUCAGUGCAUGAAUGUUAGCUCAUGAAACAGCGGUGCCUAUAAGCAGCCUCACAGCGACUCUUUUCACAUGAACAUGGUGAAAAUUUCAGGACUGUCUGCGGUCGACUUCACACAAGCCCUUCAGAGGCUGAUGUGUUCCCUGUUAGACAGGAGGGGAAAGGUCUCAGGAGAAGUGGCAUGAUAUAUGAAGGACACUGUGGUCGUGCCUGUGUAAUGUUUACACAGGCACGAGCAUGAUAGUUAGGUAAAGUAACUGCCAAGGGAGAAGUGAGGGCGAGUCAAACUCAAACUUUAGUUGUAUCAGUCAAUCAAAUGAAAAAUACUAUUCCUGUACCGAUGAAUAACAAGGCAGAACCUUUUUUUUUUUUUUGUACUUUUAAGCCAAGCAUAAUUUAGUGUUUGAGUGUGGUUUUAUCUCUUCCUGCAAAUCCUUUCCUGUGUUAGAGUUUUGAGGACAGUUUAAACAGCAGAGUCUAAAUAGUUUGUUACAGUAAGCUCCUCCACACGCUGAUCCCUGCAGCUUGUGACAGCCAGAGAAGGAACAGAGUUUAAAAUUCCUUCAUACUUCCUCCUGAGGAUGCAGCAGCAGAGCUGUAAUGGUGCAGUAAAAAGGUGGGACCUCCCUGGUGUCUUGAUUUUCACACACAGACUGUCUGUGAACAGCCCAUCUUGAUAUUAUGGUCUGUCCAGGUGAGAAGGUACCAGAGCAGAGGCAGCGAGAGGUCACACCAACACAUCCGCUCCUUUGACGUCCGUCCACCGUCACACUUAAUUGGGUCCCUGCGUCCACCCACCUCUCCUGAACCCCUCCUCCUCUUCUCUCUCCUUCCUCCUCUUACCCUUUCUCCUUCUCUCACUUUUAUUUUUCUUUCCACAAGUCUGACCAUUCCCCUCUCGUUGCGCUGUCACCAUGGCAACCCUUCACUCUACUGCAGGACCCCACCCUCUCCUUUUCUUUUCGUCUUCUCCCUCCCUCGCUCACUCUAUACCUUCCUCUCGCUUUCCCUUUCUCCCAUCAUCUGCAGCAGCUCUACAGUAUUAAAUAUUGAUGGGGGUGUUUUGCACCCAGACCCUGCUCUCCUCCUCUUCCUCCACCUCCUCCUCUUCCCUUCUUUUGUCUUACACCUCUCUCGCCUCCUGUUUAAUUAUCUCCUCUCUCCCUCCCACUUUACUCGUGUCCUCUCUUGACUUUCCCCUUCGCCUUUCUUUCUUUUCUUUCUCACUUUCUUUCUGACUUCCCCUCGUUUCCUUCAUCUUCCCAGCCUCCUUUUCCCUCCUUUUACUAUCCUUGUUCCCUUCAUCUUUUUUCUUGUGCUGCAAAUUACAACAAGGAGACAAACAUGGCUGCAGCUACCACUAUAUGAGACAAGAAGCUUCCCAUUCGCCCACUUCAGCAACCUCCACUGUGGUGAAAUCCAUAUCCACUGUGUAGCCCCCCCAUCCUCACUGUUUUUGCCCCUGUUUAUCUUUACUUUGUGCUGCACCUCUGUCUCUCUCUCUCCCACUUUUGCUCUGGCUCCCCUAUUCUCCGCGUUUCUCUCUCCCCAUGUCUCUGUGGGCCUCCCCUGGGCUGGUUGCUGUUGGCAGCACCCGUGCCUCCCACACUGUCACUUGACAUGCUAUUUAUAGGCCUUCAGAGGGGGUGGCUCUCAGUGCAAGGAGGAUACUGUCUUAAACAAUGUAGCUUUAAUAAAAGAGGCAGGAGCUCCCAAAGAGCCCUGUGGUUAAUGUCUUCCCUCUCUGCUUCUGUGUACAGACACCAGGUGUUCGUUGCAUCUACAUCCUCACCAUUUCUUUUCUUUCUGCUCUCUUCCGUUCAGAUCGCUGAGAAUAAUCCAAAAAGUGUUGCGUUUAAGUUGUAAAAUAUGCUUUUCCUACUCUUCAUCCUCCUCUUUUUCCCUCCUCUUUUUCACUCCCUCAUUUUCUUGCAGUUCUUUAGAGCUUUUUUUCGCCAGCAGCCAGAACAACAAACUCCUAUACGGCGAACCACCCACGUCGCCGCGUGCCAGCCGCAAGUUCUCCUCCCCUCCCCCCCUCUCCAUCACCAAGUCGUCCUCGCCCAACCGCAGGCGCAAGCUUUCUCUCAACAUCCCCAUCAUCACCGGGGGCAAAGCUCUAGACCUGGCUGCACUCAGCUGCUCCCCCAAUGGCUAUGCAAGCAUGCACUCCACCAUGUCACCCUUCAGUAAGACCACGCUGGACAUCAACAAACUUUAUGUGUCCAGCACCAUGGCCAGCAAGAUCCCUGAUGAGGGAGAGCCCAAAGCUGAAGGCAAGGCCGAGGAGUCUGUCCUCAACAAGCAAGGUCAGCUGACUGUCUGAGGGAGGUCACUCAUUUGUACUCUCAUAUCUAUCAUGUUUUCUCCUCUCACACCAUAAAUGUUUAUUCUCUAGUAUGUCAAGCAAAUCUGAGAUUAAGAUUAAUAUAUGGAGAAAAAAUGGCAUACAAGUUAUUAUCACAUCAACCUUUCUGUAUGAUUUUAUUCCUUUUUAUUAUAACAUUGUGGGAUCCAGCUGACUACACCUAUCGCCUGUGUGGAUUCAGCUUCUUAUUUAGAUUCUGCUCAACCCAACCCUUUAUUUGUGUACACGUCUUUUUGUGCUGUUCUGUUUUGUAUUUCCUAUAAAUGUAAUCCCUUUUGAUCCAGAUCUGUCCAUGAGAGAGGAAUGUGAUGAGGACCCGAGUCAGAGUGAUGAAGCCGAAGCAGAAAUGUCCCCUCCGAAGUCCCCGUCAACGCCGAAGAAUGUCAAGUCAAAAAACUCUGGUACAGUUCACUGAUGUCUUUACAAUGUAGUGAUUUACUGUUUAUCUUUUAGACAAGACUCUUUAAUGACAUUUUCUGAUCUACCCUUGAGUAGUGAUGCUCACAGUAUGAACCAGAACUGACUCAGUGAGACAUUUUAAAGGUCCAACUUAAGCCUAACUUUACAAAUAUGACAUUGGUGUAAACUCAUCUCAUCCCAAUCCUCUGCUUUGUGUGUACAUAGCACCUCAGUGGUAUCCUGUGGAAAAUACUAAACUGAAAACAUUUAUUUUAAAGUCAAAAUAAAGUAUGCAGGUGUUAUGUUUACCAUCAGUUCCACUUUUACUGACCAAAAAAGGGUUUUCUGCUUGUGCGUAAACGAUUUCAAAUGAUAAGGGUGGUUCACACCGUUAAAUUGCUGUGUUUCAGUAAAACAAACCUCACCACAAUAGUCUGUUUUGAGCAAACUUUUUCCUCCAGCAAAUGACAACGGUAACUAUAGCCAAAUAAGGUCUUGAUAAAAACCACCCACAUCCUCCCGGCCCUCCCUGCACAGCACAGAGAGGGAGCAUCCCCCCCGUAGGUAGUCAGGCACAAUUCAUCCCCAGUGUGUUCUCUUCCCACGGUGCUGGAUACAAGGGAAGCCAGUGCAUCGUGUGAGUAGGUGGAAGGAAACCUUGUACCUUAGCAACGAUGUGCAUGUUCUUCUACACCGCCCCCGGCUGCACGGAGGAAGGCAGGGAAGAGGGGAGGAGGGCGAAGGAGGGAGGCAGCAGAGAGGCAGACACAGUGAAGUGUACGCCGUCACUACCACAAGCUGCCGAACACACUGCACUCGGUCUAUUUUAGCUCUCUGUUGCCCUCCGCUGGUCAGCAGCCUAUUUUUAUCAGCACUACAAAUACAGGAUCACAAAGCCAGUUUUCAGCCAACCAGUGAGCUGGGCAGCAUUUUGAAAGUGCGUGUCAGAAAAUGUGAAGUGUUAUGAAAUUACUGGUGGUGUCAACCGUUUUAAAAAUAACAAUGAUGAAGGGUAACUAAGGGUUUUAAUCUGUAAACAUCUGAUUUUUUCCCCCUCACUAUAGAGUUUUCCCUGUUCUCCUUCAAUAAUGGCAUGGUAGUGUCAUCCUGCCGUGAGCUGGACAAUAACCGCAGUGCCCUUUCUGCCGCAUCAGCCUUCGCAAUCGCCACUGCUGGUGCCAAUGAAGGCACACCGACCAAGGAGAAGUACCGCCGCAUGUCCCUGGCCAGCACAGGUUAGUCCCACCUCUGCUGAUCAAUGGAGGUUUUCCUGUGCCUGGUGCUGUUCUGAUUCAGAGUGAACCUUGACAACAUAGACAGAAUCCUAAUUUAUAAACAGUCCCAGCCAAAAAUGAACCAGUCAACUGAGUGAUCUCACAUUCUAACAUAGAGCCGUUAGAAACCAUCUUUUUUGUAAGAUUAGCUGUCAUUCUUUAAUGAUUUUACAUCCACUUUUGUUUGAAACAAGUGACAUUUGUCAUUGUCUGUGUUGUUGAUGUCCUUCUAAAAAAAUUCUGAUGUUCGAGUUUAACUGUGGACAACUGAUUUUCAGGAAAAGCACGACUCAGCUCAUAACAAUAUUUAAGCCAAGUUAUUCUUGUUUUCUUCACGCCACAGUUCUAGCUCUCCAAGUUUCACUGUCAGUAACAGAGUUGAGUCUGGGGGAGGGAAUAAAAAUAUUUUUGUGUUGUAGCUUUUUUAAGUAUUUAAAUUAUAAAUAUAAUAAAUGACUUUUUCAUUAACUAAAACUUCCUUCAAUGUCUUGCAGGUUUUCCAACAGACCAGAGGAAUGGAGACAAAGAGUUUGUUAUCAGGAGAGCAGCAACAAACAGAGUCCUGAAUGUUCUGCGUCACUGGGUCUCCAAACACUCCCAGGUACACUUCACCUACCUGUCUUUAUCUGAUUUCUCAGUUCUUGUUUAUUUUUAAUUAGUAAAUAAGAUUAUUUAUGUACAGUAUAUCUUUUGGAUGUUGCAGAAGAAAAAUAACUUUUUAUACGCUGACAUUUCUGUGUUGUUCCUCAGGACUUUGAGAUGAACACAGAGCUGAAGAUGAGGGUCAUCGGUUUCCUGGAAGAGGUGAUGCAUGAUCCUGAGCUCCUGACGCAGGAAAGAAAGGCAGCUGCCAACAUUAUCAGGUCAGAUUUGACUGACUACAGUCAGUGAUACAGUUUGUGUUUACAGGAGUUUUUCUGAUGCCAUUAGUCAGUCUGGGUUACACAAACAACCAUCAGCCUUGGCUUUGGCCUGAAUCUUAACACCAGCUGUCUUACACAGCAUGUACCCCAACACUAGCAAGGGAACUUAUUACCUCUGAAUUACUUAGAGUGAUUUUGAGACUAGUAGGCUGUGACCACUUUUUAUGUUGUAAAAUCACUAAUGUGUUUAAACCUGCAUUCUUCAUACUGGCCAGCAGAGGGAGACAUCACUGAUUGCAAAAACAAGUUUGAUGAUAUGAGACAAAGAAAAUGACCCUGUUUCCCACUUGAAAUUGUUCUCCAUACAUUUCCUAAAGGGAAUUUAAGGCCUCAAACACUAGAGCCAUGUUCCAAGUCUUCUCCAAAACAGCAUGAUGGUGACUUUGUAAAUAAAGGUUCCCUCUGUGAAAAAACAACAAUAACGUUGGGUGUGUGCCGAAGCAUCUCUGCCUUUGAUUGACAAAACAAGAUCAGGGCAAACUGUCUGCUAGGAUAUAAAGAUUAUGGGUAUCUACCAUGUUUUCAAAUAUGGUCACCUAUGAUUCCAGAAGCCAAAGACAGUCUCAAGGCCCCAAAAUGGUAGUACACAAACAUAUGGAACAAAUUACAGUGCCCUUGUCUACUGAUUUUAUGUGGUCAUUGGGCUUUACAUUGGGACAACAUGGAAAAACUGGUGUGAAACACUUGCUUGGUGUGUUGUGUUCCCGAUCAAACUGUUAGCCUACCUCCCUCCUGUCGAGAUCCUUGCUUGUGUUGUGCUUCUUAUCAAAUUUUAUGUCCCUUUGGAUUUCUACUAAAUUAAACUGUAGCAUUGUAAAACUGUAGCCAAUGGUCAAAAGGUGUAGCUGAAGCUAAAUGUGCUGCUGUGUUUUUCUAAUUUCCCCCUUGCAGGACUCUCACUCAGGAGGACCCCGGAGACAACCAGGUCACCCUGGAAGAGAUCACACAGAUGGUAAGAGGAAUGUCCGUAAAGUCUUUACGGCUUUUUGAAAAAACACCUUUUUUAAAUUGAGGUGGAAACGCCGUGCUUUAAUUGGGUUGUGACUGAGUUUCUCGUUAUGUAUGUUUGUGUAUCAGGCCAUGGAUGACAAUAAGACUGAGCCGUUUGAGAACCACUCUGCCCUGGAGAUAGCUGAGCAACUCACACUGCUGGACCACCUGGUCUUCAAGGCCAUCCCAUACGAGUGAGUACACAGGCAUCCAGGUGCACAAGUCUACACACACACAAACAGGCAAACACACAAAUACACAAACAGGAACUGAGUUUUCAUGUUUUUAUUUACAGGGAGUUUUUUGGUCAAGGCUGGAUGAAAAACGACAAGAAUGAGAGAACUCCGUACAUCAUGAAAACAACAAAGCAUUUCAAUGACGUAUGUUUCCACCGUGUUGCUGUGAAGAAAAGAUAAAUCUAGACACGGAGGAUAGAUAAAUGAUAGAGGUACAGUCAUGAUUGACACUAUAUAUUUCUGUCUUUGUUAUGAUCAGGUCAGCAACAGGAUUGCCACCGAGAUCCUUCACUGGGAUGAUGUCAACAUGCGGGUGGCAGUGAUAGAGAAAUGGGUGGCAGUGGCUGACAUCUGCCGCUGCCUCCAUAACUACAACGCAAUGUUGGAGAUCACCUCUGCUCUGAACCGCAGCUCCAUCUUCCGUCUCAAGAAAACCUGGCUCAAAGUCUCCAAACAGGUAUCAGAAUCUCUAACACAUGGGUUUCUGUGAGCAGACUUUGAGGGGAAUUUAGCUGAGAAAUAUUUCCCAGCCGUAACUUCAGGUUGUUGUUUCUGGAUCUCUUUUUUGUGGUGCAAAUCAAACAAAAAGUACACAAAGAAUAACCUCGUGAGCUUUAAAGUUACUGGUACAGAGAUUUUUUCAUAAUUGUGCCUCAGCUCCUGCAUACAAAAACAUAAACUGAUCUUUUUGCAUCACUGUUUCUAAUAAGUAGGAGCAUUUUUCAAAACUUGAAACAGUAUCUUCAGGCUUUUGUAAAUAAAAAUAAAGAAAGACAGCAUGCUGGUAGUUUGAGAAUUAUUAGUUGGAUUACAUCUGUUUUCCUCAUCCCUUUUCCAGACAAAGACUGUGAUCGAUAAGUUACAGAAGCUGGUGUCAUCAGAGGGACGAUUCAAAAACCUGAGAGAAGCUCUGAAGAAGUAUGUGCUCAAAAUAAGGCAGAAAAUAUAGAUGGUAACCAUUUUAUUAUUUGGUACUAACUACAUCUGUACAAUUCCUGUCUCUCUGUGCUCCAUCUUUUGUCCUUAGUUGUGACCCUCCCUGUGUUCCCUACUUGGGGAUGUACCUGACAGACCUGGCGUUCAUUGAGGAGGGAACGCCAAACUACACUGAGGACAACCUGGUCAACUUCUCCAAGAUGAGAAUGGUAGCCAUUACAGCUGUGUUGUUGUAGAUAGUUUACUCAGAUAGUUUGUGUUUCUGACUGGAAUCCAGUUUAUCAUCUGAAAUUGAACUAUUUCCCUUUUUUCUUCAGAUAUCUCACAUUAUCAGAGAAAUCAGGCAGUUUCAGCAAACAGCAUACAAGAUUGAUUAUCAACCAAAGGUGGGAUUAUUGUGUGUCAAUCACUGUCUGCUCUUUUAAUGUUCAAAAAUAGCAUCAUAAAAACUAUGUUCAUUGGUUUUAGUUUUAAUAAAGGGCAAACAAGUUUCAAACAUUUGCAAGUACACACAGUCAAUCAACAUUAAUAACCACUGUGGAGCUGCAGAGUAAACUCUUUGUGGUGUUUGUCUUUGUUUCAGGUUGCCAAGUACCUGUUGGACAUCAGUACCGUGCUGGAUGAGGAGAGCCUUUACGAAGCGUCUUUGAGAAUCGAGCCCAAAACUUCAUCAUGA